CGUUGGCCGCCCGUCCUUGCUAGCCCUCUCUCUUUUUGUCCGCAAUAUUAAUGGGUCUCCUCUCCCUCGGCACUCCUCUUUCGACCCACGGGAUCACACAAUUCCUGAAUAUCUGGGACCGUCUGAAGGACAGAUGCGGGGACGAGCUGUUGUGGGGAGACGAAAUCGAGUAUUUGGUGGUUUCUUUCGAUAACGAAGGAAAGAACGCGAAGCUCUCCUUGCGGCAGACUGAGAUCCUUGCAAAGCUUGCUACAAUCACCAACGACAUCGCAUCUGCUCGUGGAGAGUCUGCCUCCGUGCCAACCUUCCACCCGGAGUAUGGCCGCUUCAUGCUCGAAUCCACCCGGGAUCUCCCUACACGGGAUCUCUGUCGGACAUCCUAUCUGUCGAAGAUGACAUGCGAUGGCGGACGAGAUCCCUACACCCUGACGUCCUUCCCACGUCUGGGUGUGCCCGGAGUAUUCACAGACCCUUAUUUUGAUCCUGCGGAUGCGGAAUCCAGCCACAGUCUCUUCCUUCCAGAGGAAAUCACAAAUCCUCAUGCACGUUGCAUAAAUCUCCCGCUCUAUAUCGACUCGCGUACUCCGCGCCCAUUUGUCGACCCAACUAUUCCAUGGCAGCGGAACUUAUAUCCGGAGGACCCUGGUACGACGGCCUUGGCAUUGACAGCGGCGAGCCCUCUCUUUCGGGGUUACAUAGCGGACGUCGACUGCCGUUGGGACGUCAUUCGGCAAGAAGAGCGUGGGCUGAACCUCUCAAAGAACCGCUACCGAAUCCCCAAGUCACGCUACAGCAGCGUGAGCUUGUACAUCUCCGAUGAUUGGAUGCACAGACCGGAAUACGACGACAUUGAUGCCCCGUAUGACCAAGCAAUCUUUGACCGCCUGCAGAAGCACGGUAUCGACAAUAUUCUCGCGAGACAUAUUUCCCACCUAUUCAUUCGCGACCCCAUCAAUAUUCAGUCGACGAACUGGCAAACUGUCCGUUUCAAGCCUCCACCGUUCCGUUCAAUGGAGGUUCAAAUGACGGACUUCGAGAACGCUGCCUUUUCGAUCUUCGUCGUUCUCCUCUCGCGCGCGAUUCUCGCCUUCAACCUCAACCUCUAUCUUCCCAUCUCCAGGGUCAACUCUAAUCUGGCAUUGUGCGAAAGGUCGACGAGAACAUGGCGCGUGCGCAGAAGCGCGAGCCGUGCACACGGAGAAGUUUUACUUCCGCAAGGACGUGUUCCCGCCGGGUGUCCUUCGAGACCUGAGAGCCGGUGCUCGUCGUGUUCUAGCUCAGGCGCGAGUUCGCCUGUGAGCUCGCCCGUCGACGGGACUCCCAGGAAGGAGAAGAAGCUGAGGAACUGCUGGCCGUCACCGGUGGAGGAUGAAUAUGAGGAGAUGUCGCUACAGGAGAUCAUUGCGAUGCGUUCCCAGGCUCUUUGGGCUAGUCUAUGCGUACCUAGAACGCUAGACAUCGAGGAGGAAGAGCGCGUGAAGUUGGAGCGCUACCUUGACUUAGUCAAACGGAGGACAGAUGACGCCGCGACCUGGCUCCGAGAAUUCGUCCGCUCACACCCAGCGUACAAGUUUGACUCGGUCGUCAGCCAGGAGAUCAAUUACGACCUGUUUGUCGCAGUUGACGAGAUAGAACGAGGUGUCAGAGACACCCCCGACUUCCUGCCUCACAGCCACGCCAAGAGGUGAGGGCGGGAACGGAACGAGCAAUACACCGUAUCCCAUACAUCGAGGGUAUUGAUGGCCUAGAAGUGUUGAACAUUGUAGCUUUGUUUGUAUCUUUGUCUGUCGUAAUGUUUUGCAUAGUGGUCAUGAUGAAAUGGGACUACAGUCUUAUGAUGUGUCGUGACCGUACCGGUGCGCUCGCAGUCUGAACUUGAAAAAUUGAACUAUCGGC